AUGGAAUUAGCUGAAAGUUUCCAAGUUCUACGAGAUGGUCAGAUAUUAUUGGCUAAUGGCAUACAUCCGGAAGAUGGAUAUAAAGCCAAGGCAGAUAAACAAGAUAAACAUAUGCUGACACAUCAACAAAAAGUGGAACUUGGUCUGGAAUCAGAAAAGCCCAGUGAAGGUCAUGGUAUUGUUUCACAAAGAGCAUUUACGGCAGGAAAUAAUCUGUGGCCAGGUGGCAUUGUACCUUAUGAAAUCAACACAACUUCACUUACACACGAAAGAGCUAUACCUGUAAUCGAAGAAGCUAUUAAAAGAUUUAACGAAACCACAUGUAUACAAUUUCUUCCUCAUACAAAGACUCUAGAAGAAGAACUAGGGCACACUGGAUGGGUUAAUUUCGUAAGUAGCGGAGGCUGCUGGUCUUAUGUUGGAAAGGUGUUUGGUGGACAGUCCAUCAGUUUAGGACAGCCAGGGUGUUUAUGGGUUGGAGUUGCUAUCCAUGAAAUGGGUCAUGCAUUAGGUGAAUGGCAUGAACAGAGCAGAACUGACAGAGAUAACCAUUUAAAUAUGAGGUGGGAUAUUCUGGGAGAGUCGACAAAGGGUGAUGCAAACUAUGGUAAAAUGGAUACACGAAACUAUAACCCAUAUGAUUAUGAAUCAGUUAUGCAGUACGGCGCUGGGAGCGGCAUGGAAGUUUUACAACCUGAAUUAAAGUUCUUGACAAAUUAUGGUGGUGAUUUAUCAUAUUAUGACAUAAAAGAUAUAACGGAUGCAUACAGAUGUACAGAUAAGUGCGUGAAUCCACCUAAAUGUCAAAAUGGUGGCUUUCUGAACUUCCAAUGUAUUUGUAAAUGUCCCGAAGGACUUGGAGGAGAUACUUGUGAGUCAGUGAUAAAUGGGGAAGUAUGUGGUGGAAUAAUUGAUAUUAACGCAGGACAGGAAACCACUAUUACAACACCCAAUUAUCCAGAUAGUUACAAACUUGAUACAAAAUGUGUCUGGUUAUUACGGGCUCCAGAGAAUUUACAUGUCAGAGUGAAUGUUGAUGUCUUUCAUUUGCCAGUGGUUAAUAAUAAUAAGUGUUAUCAUUGGUUGGAGGUCCGGUAUAACCUGGUUGGCCAAACAGGUGUAAGGAAAUGUGGUACAACUGCCGGUGAUGUGUGGACAACAUCUUCGUGGGGCGAACAAAACUUAAUGUUGUUGAUAUUUGAUAGUGUUUAUGGAAAGAACCAUCCUGCCGAUAAAGGUUUUUCUCUUAGAGCAAACACUGUCCAUAAAGGUUGCAUUCCUGUUCCAUGUAUCAAUGGAGUGUGUAAAGAAUGCGAAGCAGGAGAAUUUAGAUGUCAAUGUGAUCCAGGUUUUGAAGGGACACUGUGUGAUACUAUGGAAGCUUCAGCACAACUUGAGUGCUCGUUUGAACGUUCCAGCAAAUGUUUUCUGAGAAAUACAAAAGAGGACGAUUUUGACUGGAUAACAUAUUCGGGCCAAACACCUUCUGAUAUAACAGGACCAGAUGGAGCACUCACAGGAGAUAACUACAUAUAUGCUGAAGGGUCAUCUCCUAGAACCACGGGACAAAAAGCUAUACUUGAAUCAGACAUUCACUUCCCAGCGGGAGAUUACUGCUUAACACUUAAUUACAACAUGUUUGGUGCUGAUGUGGGAUCGCUAAGUGUUUCUGUAAAUGAUUCUCAAGGCGAUCGUCAGUUAUGGACAUUAUCUGGAAAUCAAGGAGCAAGCUGGAGAACAGCUAAUGUGUAUAUACUAGCAGAAAGUGGUUUUAAGAUCCGUAUUGAAGGAGUACGAGGCAGUAACUGGGAAAGUGAUAUAGCUUUAGAUGAUUUAAAAAUUUCCCCUGGAUUAUGCGAGGAUCCAAAACCAUUAGAUUGUAUAUCAAGUAUUAAAGGUACAGAUUACACUGGCACCGUCAACACUACAGUAGGUGGACUAACGUGUCAAAGAUGGGACUCUAGUAGUCCGAUUAAGCAUUCUUAUCAUGAUUAUGAUGAUCACGAAAAUUAUUGCCGUAAUAUACGAGGAGACGAAAAUAUGGUGUGGUGCUACACCACAGACCCUGGUACGACGUGGGAUUUUUGUAAUGUCCAACGUUGUGACAUAGAAGAAUGUAUAAGGUCUCAGAAUGGUUAUGAUUAUAUGGGAACCAAAAAAACUACAGAACAGGGAUUGACUUGUAAAGAUGGUACGUUUUGUACGGCUAGCGCAAAUUCACCGGCACCUUUUUGCUACGUCGAUGACCCUGACACCCGAUGGGAUUCAUGUAUCAUACCUAAAUGCACAACUCAGCCAGACGAAUGCAUAAAGACAUCACUAGGAAAGGAUUAUUUUGGUAAAGUCAGUACAACCAAGUCAGGAAAGACUUGCCAAGCUUGGAGUAAACAGGAACCACAUAAGCAUGGAUUUUGGGCUAUGAAUGAUGAGAGCAAUUAUUGUAGGAACCCGGACGGAGAGCCAGCUCCAUGGUGUUAUACAACUGAUAGUGAGACACGAUAUGAAAUGUGCGAUAUUCCAUUUUGUCAGGACUUAGUCUGCAGAUCUAACCCAUGUGAAAAUAAGGGAAUCUGUGCGGAGGUAGCUGGAGGAUUUAAAUGUAAAUGUCCCUACGGGUAUACAGGAGAUACCUGCAGCACUAGAGACAAAAGUGUGGAGGAUUGCAAGAGGUCAAUCGCAGGUACUGAGUAUAAAGGAAUGAUAAACACCACCAUCAGUAACAGGACCUGUCAGAGGUGGGAUUUGGAUACUCCUCAUGAUCACAACUAUAAUAAUGUAAAUGCAGAGAACUAUUGUCGUAAUCCAGACAAUGAACCGGAACCUUGGUGUUAUACUACUGACCCUGAUAAGCGAUGGGAAUCUUGUGAUAUUCCAUUUUGUACAACUCCAGCACAAGAAUGUGUAAGUUCCCUUUAUGGCGAUGACUACUUUGGAACUGUCCGCCAGACAAAGAAUGGAAUUCCAUGUCAGAAAUGGAGUGAAUUGACCCCGCAUUCACAUUCAUACAAUACGAAACUAAAGGACCAGGAUAACUAUUGUAGGAACCCCACAGCACCUGGGGACAAUUUCCCAUGGUGCUACACUAUAGACCCAGAUGUCAGAUGGGAUUUUUGUGAUAUACCUAGAUGUUAAGUGUACUACGAUUGAACUUAUUGUAAAUUGAAUCGAUAUAUUGUUCCAUUUAAAUGAUUUAAAAUACUAGUACAUGUUUUUGACUUCUAUAUGAAAUAAACACUACUUGCAACUUUU